AUGAAAUUCAUCCAACUUCUGCUCCAGGCAGCAUGCCUUACUCCUGCCCUAGUGGUUGCUUUGCCUUUGAAGCCAGCGGGUGGUGAAGAUUUCCAGACGUAUGGCAACCUCAUUCCCAACGAGCGAAGGGAAGCUUUGCCUUUGGAGCCAGCGGGUGGCGAAGAUUUCCAGACGUAUGGCAACCUCAUUCCCAAGGAGCGAAGGGAAGCUUUGCCUUUGGAGCCAGCGGGUGGUGAAGAUUUCCAGACGUAUGGCAACCUUAUUCCCCGCGAGGCCAAACAUGCGCGACCUAAUGAGCACAGCUUCUAG